UGAUUCACACUUCGACAGAAGAAAUUGAGUGUCAGUGGUGUCAAAAGUGCAAUCACUGCUUUAGUAAAAGUCGCGUGACCCAAAAUGUAAAAAUGUAGCUGAUGUGAAGCUAUCAGGCCACAAAUUGAGCUGAGACAUUAAGGCCCCACAUUAGGCUGAGACGAUUAAUGCGAGAUAUAAACUUGGGAUAGCACACGCCAGUUCUAUACUCCUCCAUAUUUCUCCUUUUUUCCACUUUCAUUCCCGAUCAGACCUUGAAGUAAGGACAUGGCUGAAGCACUGGUGAACGUUCUCCUAGAGCGUUUGGCUACGAUCACCCUUGACAAGAUCCGAGGAGAGUUCAAAUUGGUCACUGGGGUUGAGAUAGAAGUUGAGAAUCUCACCAGCAACCUCAAAGCUAUUCAAGCUGUGCUCAAGGAUGCAGAGCAGAGACAAGUCACCGAGGCCAGUGUGAGACUUUGGCUGGAUAAACUGAAUGAAGUUUCAUACGAGAUGGAUAACGUGUUGGAUGAAUGGAUCACUCAAGUUCGAAAGAGACAGAUGGAGAAAGAAGAAAAACAUGCUCUUGCUAUUGCAGAGAAGGUACGUUCCUCUGCCUCCUCUUUCUUUUCUUGUAGCAAGAUCAAGCGGUUAAAUCAUCGUGGCGGAAUUGCUGGGAGGAUUAAAAAGCUAAAUGAAAGAUUAGCUUUGAUUGAUCAGGAAAAACAAAGAUUCAACUUUCAAAACAACACUGAAAGAGGUCCUGAAAUACCUCGACAAGAAACUACAUGCUUUUCCAGUGAUAAGAUAUUUGGUCGAGAAAAUGAAAAGAGCAUUAUACUUAGCAAGUUGCUGAGUGAGAGUAGUCCUGAUUGGAAGGUCCCUCUUAUCAUCCCUAUUGUAGGAAUGGGGGGAAUGGGGAAAACAACUCUUUCCCAAGAAGUCUAUAAUGACCAAAAAGUGAAAGCCCGUUUUGAUAAGAGAGUAUGGGUUUGUGUGUCGGACCCUUUUGAUGAGAUCAAAAUUGCUAGAGCUAUUGUCGAAGGUCUAAAUAAUGAUAAUACUUCAAAAUUUUCAAAUAGCUUGCAAAUUUUGAUGCAACAUAUACAGAGAUUGAUUAAGGGACAAAAGGUUCUCCUUGUCUUAGAUGAUGUGUGGAACCCAAGAAAAACUCAGUGGGAAGAAUUAAUUAAACCUUUUUGCCGGGGCGAUGUGUGUUGUCGUUGCCAGGGUUGUCGUUGCCAGGCCCCUGUGGGUGGUCGUUGCCAGGGCGCUGUGGGUGGUGGUUGUUGCCAGGGCGCUGUGGGUUGUAGUUGUUGCCAGGGCGCUGUGGGUUGUAAUUGCCAGGGCGAUGUUUGCCAGGGCGCUGUGGGUUGUAGUUGUAGUUGCCAUGGCGCUGUGAGUAUUAAAGUACUAGUGACUACUCGAAAUGAGGAAGUUGCUACUCUGAUGAAAGCAACUGAUCAUGUGAUCUAUAUGAAGCAGUUGAGUGAAGAACUUUGUAGGUCAUUGUUUUAUUACAACGCAGGCAGAGACAUAUGUAGUGAGUCUAAAAUGUUUCAAGAUGUUGGUGAAAAAAUUGUGAAAAAGUGUGAUGGCUUGCCUCUUGCUGCAAAGACGUUAGGUAGCCUCAUGUUUGAGAAAAAAACAUUAAAAGAUUGGGAAGAUGUUUUAAAUAGUAAGUUAUGGGAGCUAGAAGGUGUGGAACAACAAGUUUUUCUACCGCUAUUACUGAGUUAUUAUGAUUUAACCCAAGAAAUUAGAAAUUGUCUUUUGUAUUGUGUUAUCUUUCCAAAAGAUUAUGUGUAUGAUAGGGAUAACUUGGUUGAGCUAUGGAUGUCUCAAUAUUAUUUGAAUGUGGAAGAAAGUAAAGAAAUGGAAAGACUUGGUCAGAAGUAUUUUAAUAAAUUAGUAAUGCGGUCAUUUUUUCAAGAAGUUGUGGUGAAAAAAUAUGGGGAAACAAAGUGCAAAAUACAUGAUAUUAUACAUGACUUUAUGUCUUACAUGACGAAGAAAGAAUGUUUAAUUUUGGAUCGUGGGGCAGAAGUUGGGCCAAAGGUUCGUCAUUUGACUUUGAUAAAUGAUUUAUUUGCUUUCCACAUUGAUCCAAAUUCUCGCAGCUGUGAAAAUUUGCGUACCCUCGUAGUUUUGGGUUAUCAUGGUGUCGGGAGACCCGGAGAAGGGAUUGUGCAGUGGAAAUAUGUUAGGACAUUAACCUGGUUGGAAAGUAGGAUUCGGGCAAUUCCGAUAAGUGGAUUGAUCCACCUGAGGUAUCUUGAUUUAUCGGGGAGCAGUGUAUUGGAGGAAGUAGAAUUGGGUAGCUUAUACAAUCUGCAGACCUUGCGACUUGUUGAUUGCCAUCGCCUCAAGAAAGUAGAAUUGGGAAGGCUAAUUAACUUGAGGCAUCUUAGUGUCCGCGGCUGUAAGGAUCUAAAGCUAAGGGGAAUAGAGAGACUAACAAAUCUGCAAACGCUAGAUGAGUUUUAUGUCCAAGCUGGUGAUGAAGGAAACAAGUUGGAACAUCUGAUAAACUUGAACCAGCUUCAAGGACGUCUUACUAUUACAGAUCAGGGAGGACCAGGACCGGGAGCGGGAGAUGCAGCCAUCAUGGUUAAUAAGGCGCACCUCCUUCAUUUGGUCCUAGAUGUUCUGUUCGAUUGGCGAUGGGAACUAACGGCCCUACAACCACCUCCAGGCUUGGAAUCUUUGAGUAUCCAUGGCUGUAUCUUGUCGACCGAUUGGUGGUCGUCUUUACACAACUUGAGACUGCUUACAGUUUCAUGGUGUGGCUUCCUGCCUUCUUUAGGAAAUCUGGCAUCCCUUGAAUCAUUGUAUAUAGAACAAGUUUCUGUAACAAAGGUAGGAGUUGAGUUUUUGGGAAUACAUGAUCAUGAUCAAUCGGAACCUAGCUGGAGGAGGCAAACGUCAUUCCCGAAAUUGAAGCAACUCACCUUCGACGACAUGCCUAACUGGAAAGAGUGGCAAGGAGUGAAGGAGGAUUCAGAGAAGAUGGCAAUAAUAAUGCCAUGCCUUUCCGAGUUGACAAUUUAUAGAUGCAUUUGGCUAGAAGCACUGCCGGAAUUCCUGUGGAAGACACCACUUCAGAAAUUGCACAUCAGGUAUUCACCAAUUCUCCAGAACCUAUACAAACAAGGAAAAGGUGAGCAGUGGGCCAAGAUUUCUCACAUCCCAACCAUCUAUAAAUGUUGAGAUACAGGAAGAAGAACCCUGAAGAUAAGAUUGAAAAAAGCGGAGAGCUCCUAGCUAGGAAAUGAUAUUGCCUUGUGGGCAUUCAUUUGGAGCGGGUGGAGUACAGCAAGUUAUCACAAUGCGUGCUUCACCUGUUCUCAGUCAAUUUCAGAAGACUCAAUUGCUCCAAAUCUCUCUCUUCGAAGUGCUGUGCAGGCAUUCCGUCAUGAAGAGGAGUUACACUUCUAUCUCUCAUCCAAAAGGAAAAGAGAAAGGCCUGACCA